CCGGGGCAAAGGCCUAUCGGGGGCGGGUCGGGGCCUCGAAGCGGGUUUGACCUAAGGGGCGGCGGCGGCGGCGGCAGGAGGAGGAGGAGGAGGAUGGAGGCGGUGGUGUUCAUCUUCUCUCUCCUCGAUUGUUGCGCUCUCAUCUUCCUCUCGGUCUACUUUAUAAUUACAUUGUCUGAUUUAGAAUGUGAUUACAUUAAUGCUAGAUCAUGUUGCUCAAAAUUAAACAAGUGGGUAAUUCCAGAAUUGAUUGGCCAUACUGUUGUCACUGUAUUAAUGCUGGUUUCAUUGCACUGGUUCAUCUUCAUUCUCAACUUACCUGUUGCCACUUGGAAUAUAUAUCGAUACAUUAUGGUGCCAAGUGGUAACAUGGGAGUGUUUGAUCCAACAGAAAUACAUAAUCGAGGGCAGCUGAAGUCACACAUGAAAGAAGCCAUGAUCAAGCUCGGUUUCCACUUGCUCUGUUUCUUCAUGUAUCUUUAUAGUAUGAUUUUAGCUUUGAUAAAUGACUGAAGCUGGAGAAGCCGUGGUUGAAGUCACCCUACAGCGCAGUUGAGGAGCCAGAGACUACUUAUAUCAUCCUUAGAACCGUGACCAUAGUAGUAUAUAUUUUCCUCUUUGAACAAAAAACUAUUUUUGCUGUAUUUUUACCAUAUAAAGUAUUUAAAAAACAUGAA